AUAAAAUGCCUAAUAUUUUGGAAAUGUAAUUUUAAACUUUCACAAGUCUGAUAGCACAGCUAAAAGAAGUUGGUGUAAAUCGUAAGUGGUUUGUUUACUUUUUAUAUCUAGCCAGACACACACAAUAUACUAUAUUCAUAGACUCUGACACACAUUAUUACAGAUUAUUAAAGGAUUGAAGCUUUUAGACUCGCACGUGGUGUUAUUUACAGUUUGCAAACACGUGAGCAGCAAUAGUCACGUGCCAAGAUUUGUCUAUAACCAGCAUCUAGUAGGACAGUGUGAUGGAUUUGGACACAUCUGGAAGGGGUUUUGAGGAGGAGGUGGCAACCCAGCUGAUGAUCGAGAGUCUCAGAGAACAAGGGUUGGUCACGAGCCCUUUCUCCGGUGAAUCCUGCAGAAUCAUUCAGAUCACCCCUGAGAGAGAGAAGAUAUUCAAUGCAAUAAAGCAUGGUGAUGAACAGUCCCUCCGUGAGCUGACUGUCCAUCAGCAAGCUUUCUCUGAAGAAGACGACACAGACUACAUCCCCUUACACGAGGCUGCCAUACAGAACAACCAGAACAUCCUUGAGAUCACAUUUACCGCGUCUCCCGAGGAUGCCAAGCACAGAAAGACUCGUCAGGGUAAGACGGCUCUCUUCUUAGCGGUGGAGAAAGGGCUUUUGGACAACGCUUGUUUCUUGCUGGACCACGGCAGCAGUCCAGACACCUUGGAUGAAGACGAAGACUCGCCUCUCGUUGUAGCCAUAAGGAACAAUCACUAUGGCAUGGCAAAGCUCCUGCUAAACUUCAGUGCCACAGUUAACCAGGAGGGGGCGAACCACAGGACGGCCCUUCAUGAAGCCGCCCGGCUCGGCCUGAUGGAUUUCGUGGAUCUGCUGUUGAAGUACGGAGCUCAUCCCGACCCCAGAAGCUCUUAUGGCCUGACGCCGUUAGCAUUAGCUGCACAGGCCGGACACCUGGAGAUCAUCCGAACACUUCUCCAGAGAGGUGCUGAUGUGAAGUCUCAGGCUCAGGGUUGUGCAACAGUCCUGUUUGAGGCGUCUGCCUCAGGAAACCCUGACGUCAUCUCCUUACUUUUGGAGUACGGCGCUGACGCCAACAUAACAACACCCAAACACACGGGACACCUGCCCAUCCACAGAGUGGCCCACCGCGGACACGUCAAGGCUCUGGCUCGGCUGAUACCGGUGACGUCGUUGGAUGCGGUGGAUGACAGUGGGAUCAGUCCUCUUCACUUGGCGGCGGCAGGUGGACACACUCAGUGUCUAGAGAUGCUACUAAAAGCCAAUUAUGACCCUAACUUCAUGCUGCACCCUUGGGUGCGCCGCAGCUACGACGAUAAGCGUCAGUCCGCACUCUACUUCGCCGUCUCCAAUGAAGACAUCGCCUCCACCCGAGUCCUGUUGGAAGCUGGAGCCAUGCCCAACCAGGACCCUGUCAAGUGCCUGCAGGUGGCACUGAGGCUGGGAAACCACGAACUGAUCAACCUGCUGCUUCGCUACGGAGCCAACGUCAAUUACUACUGCAGAGUGAACACCACGCACUUCCCGUCGGCCUUACAGUACGCCCUGAAGGACGAGGUGGUGCUGCGGAUGCUGUGUAACUAUGGUUACAACGUGGAGCGAUGCUUUGACUGUCCAUACGGGGAGGGAUCACACGUCCCACAUGGAUACGAGGGAUGGAGUGACACCGUCAUUAAAGACACGCUGUUCUGUGAGGUCAUCUCUGUCUCGUGGCUCAAACAUCUCUCAGGAAACAUGGUUCGCAUCAUGCUAGAUUACGUCGAUCAUGUGACCUUUUGCUCCAAACUGAAGGCUGCGCUCAUGGAGCAGAAACAGUGGCCUGAAAUCUGCAAAAUUCAAGAGAAAGUCCGCUGUCUGCAGCAUCUCUGUCGGCUGAAGAUCAGGGCUUGUUUGGGUCGGUUGCGUUUGAGAGCUCCGAUCUUCAUGAGCUUCCUUCCAUUACCAGAACGACUGAAGCAAUACAUCCUGUACAAAGAUUAUGAUCUCUACGCUCAGAAAUGCCAAACACAAAGCAAAUAAACUAGAAUUCACACCUGUAGAAACACAAUCACAGCUCAGAGCAAGUGCAAUAGACACUCCACAAUAGACGUCUUGUCCAGAAUUAUGUGCAUAUUUUUUAAAUACAGUUAAUAUGUAACACAAAGAGUCUUAAUGUUAACGAAUAUGUAAAGAACUCAAUAAUUUAUUCAAUGAAAUAAAUGUUUUAAUAAAAUAUAGCCAUUGAUG